UAUAAUACAAUCCUACUGGAUUGUGAAGACACACAAAAUAUGCAUACAAUAUACACAGUUCACAUUUCAGCAUUAAGUUCUAUGCAACCUCAGUUUCCCCUGUAUCCUAUAGCAACCAGAGUAACACUUAUUUUAUUUUUAUUUAAAAAAAGGUGUCUGUUGUUUAUAUUGAGUUUUGAGUAAGAUUAUAACAUUUGUGUAAUGACAUGUGGAAGAACAAUAAAAACAAAACAUCUCGCUUUCUUUCCCUCUCCAUCUCUCUGUCUAUGUCUCUCUUUCCCUCUCCAUCUCUCUGUCUAUGUCUCUCUUUCUCUCUCCAUCUCUCUGUCUAUGUCUCUCCAUCUCUCUGUCUAUGUCUCUCUUUCUCUCUCCAUCUCUCUGUCUGUCUCUCUUUCUCUCCAUAUCUCUGUCUAUGUCUCUCUUUCUCUCUCCAUCUCUCUCUGUCUCUCUUUCUCUCUCCGUCUCUCUGUCUAUGUCUCUCUUUCUCUCUCCGUCUCUCUGUCUGUCUCUCUUUCUCUCUCCAUCUCUCUGUCUGUCUCUCUUUCUCUCUCCGUCUCUCGUUCUCUCUCCAUCUCUCUGUCUAUGUCUCCCUUUCUCUCUCCAUCUGUCUGUCUGUCUCUCUUUCUCUCUCCAUCUGUCUGUCUGUCUGUCUCUCUUUCUCUCUCCAUCUCUCCGUCUGUCUCUCUUUCUCUCUCCAUCUCUCUUUCUCUCUCCAUCUCUCUGUCUGUCUCUCUUUCUCUCUCCAUCUCUCUGUCUAUGUCUCUCUGUCUCUCUGUCUAUGUCUCUCUUUCUCUCUCUCUCCAUCUCUCUCUUUCUUUCUCCGUCUCUCUGUCUAUGUCUCUCUUUUCUCUCCAUCUCUCUGUCUAUGUCUCUCUUUCUCUCUCCAUCUCUCUGUCUAUGUCUCUCUUUCUCUCUCCAUCUCUCUUUCUCUCUCCGUCUCUCUGUCUGUCUGUCUCUCUUUCUCUCUCUGUCUCUCUGUCUGUCUGUCUGUCUGUCUGUCUUUCUCUCUCCGUCUCUCUUUCUCUCUCCGUCUCUCUGUCUAUGUCUGUCUCUCUUUCUCUCCGUCUGUCUGUCUGUCUGUCUGUCUGUCUGUCUGUCUCUCUUUCUCUCUCCGUCUCUCUUUCUCCCUCCGUCUCUCUGUCUAUGUCUGUCUCUCUUUCUCUCUGUCUCUCUUUCUCUCUCCGUCUCUCUGUCUAUGUCUGUCUCUCUGUCUAUGUCUUUCUCUCUCUCUCUCUCCCUCUCUCUCAGUAAGCAGAGGUACAUGUUUGCCAACACAUGGAUUCAAAGGCGAGCUGACAAACCAACCAGGAAGUGUCAUAAAACACAAAGUCCUCCUCAAUAAUCCUCCACGUCCUCCCAGAGGACUUCCUGCAGACCUGCCCACCAGCGCCUGUUUCCUGAUCGAUACCCUUCAUCAGAGCGGCACAUUUGGUCUGAACCAGUACCUGAUGCCGUCGAAGCAGAGAGACUGUCGCAGGUUCACUCUGGUCAGCCAGAGCGUGGAGAUCCUGCGGGUGGAGAAGACUCGCUUUGACAAGCUGGUGGACAACACCACCAUGAAGAAGCUGGAGGCCCUGCAGAAAACCUACCCAAGCGACGACGAGCUGUGCACUGUGUUCCUGGAACACAGCCGCUGGAAGGACUACAGACACAGUGUGGUACAGGCCCUGUUCCCCGACCGGGUCACCCCAAUCAGGAGCCCCAGAACCCAGAAGCAGCAGGGCCACUGUGGCCCCAGCCAGGCCCUUCAGCAGACCAGACACGUGGUCAACAGAACCCAGAAGCAGCAGGGCCACUGUGGCCCCAGCCAGGCCCUUCAGCAGACCAGACAUGUGGUCAACAGGCUGAAACAGACAAAGCAGAGGGUUGAGCCAAACAAUAAAAUAAUGAAAUAAAGGAAUAACUGAUGAAUGAAUACAUA